UUUCUUACUAAAAAAUCAUAUAUUUUUUUUUAACUUGCUUGGAAUCUCCAACCACAUUAUGUUUCUUCAACAUCUCCUUUAUCUCCAAGAGGAAGCUUCAAGCUCAAAAGCAGAAAUUAAACUACCGACCAUCUUUCUAAACCUCUCUCUCUCUCUCUCUCUCUCUCUCUCUCUCUCUCUCUCUCUCUCUCUCUCUCUCCUUCUUUUAUGCAGAUUCUCUAAACCACUAGCUCCCACUCUGUGUUAUCAAUAUCAAAUAUGAAGAUGAAGGGCAUAGACAUCUUCUGUGCAUCCCAAGCUUCGACAGCCAUAUGCAUGAGCAUGGAUAAUCAAGCAUCCUCCUCUUCCUCCUCCGUCAUUCAACUUGGAGGCCGAGCCCUCGACCGCCACAACCCCAUCAUCCAAGAUGCAAGAAGAAGCACAAGCUCCAGAACCCUUCCCAUUGCUCCAUGCUCUUCCCAAUCUCCCAUCAAUCCCAAAGCCUACCACCAAAUCCCAAAGAGCAAGAAAAAAACCUCCUCAUCACCAAGACCAAGCACUGAUCAUCAAAACAAGAAAAAGAGCUCCACAAAAGAAAACGACCAGAAGAGGAAGAGUAGUAAUCUUUUACAAGGAAAGUUGGAUGAAAAUGUGAAGAAGUUUUCUUCUGUUCCAAGUGAGAGUGUUGUUGUGAGGAAGAGCUCUGCAAACCCUACUGAUCUCAUCACUCCUCCUGGCUCCACCAGAUACCUUUUGAGUGAUACUGUGAUCUUUGAUGGGUUAUCCGAUUACGAUCCGGUUUCGGCAUUGGUUCCAGUUGGGCAGAAAAAGAGCCAAAAUGCAGUAAAAAUACUCAAAGAAAAUGAAUCUACUACUUCUCCAAUUAGCUCUUCCUCAUCUCUGACAAAAGACUCACAACCACCGCCUCUGCCGCCCCCCCCUUCCAACCAGGUUGUUGUAUUGAUGGUGUCUCUCCACUGCAAAGGGUGUGUAGGAAAACUGAGAAAACAUCUAUCCAGAAUGGAAGGGGUGACAUCAUUCAACAUAGACUUUGCAGCAAAGAAGGUGACAGUCACUGGAGAUGUAACCCCAUUGAGUGUCCUUGCCAGUGUCUCAAAGGUGAAGAACGCUCAGUUUUGGCCUACUGUGUCAUCAGCAUCACGUGCCUCUCCACUAAUUUAACAGGUAACUGAAGAGAGAGAGAGCAGGAGAGACGAAGAAAAAAAAAAAACCGACAACUGGGAAGUUUCUUUAGAUGUAUGGUUUGGAUGUGAAUUUUAUUAAUUAUUAGUUAAAAUUUAAUCUUAGUGUAAAUGCACUGUUAGCAUGAGUGAGUGGAGGAACCAGAUCCUGUAUUGCUUGGCAGGAACUAGCUAGGAAGAAGUUGAGCGAGUAGUAGAAGAAUCAAGAAUAGAACUCAUCUUAUCAUAUGCGUUGCUUUUAGUUUGGGACCUUUGCUUUCUGUACUCUUAUAAGAAAAGGCGGUGCCUUUUGGAGGGAAACUUUCUUACAACAGAGAGAUUUUUCAGUGUGACCGAAAUACUGA